AUGACCGUUCUCUGUAUUAUUGAAUGGAAAUAUCGGCAGAACGUGAUAUCACCUCCGCAUAGACCGCAGUCACUCUUCAGAGCCGAUUUGGACCCGUACAUGUUACAACUGCUGUUUGGAGAGAUCAUUAUGUCCGCAUCGGGUCUGAUCGACGCCAAGUGUGCUAUUGCCCAGAAGGCGUGGUGUGGCACUGUGUACCAGGUACAGAGUUCAAUGAACGUCAUCGGGGUGGGUAGUGUCGCGGCGUUUACGUCUGCCAUCACUAUCUGUAGAAAGAAGUAA